AUGUGGACUUAUAUGUUUGUCGUGUGUGUAACAGGUGUGUUUGGUGAUAAAGUGACAUCAGUGUCAGUGAUGGAGGGAGAUUUUGUUACUCUACACACUGAUAUUACUAACAUACAGAGAGAUGAUCACAUAGUGUGGAUGUUUGGACCUCAAGGGAUUCUUAUAGCUGAAUUCUACAAGGAGAGUAUUAAAAUGUAUGGCUGUAAUGAGAUAUCUAAAGACAGACUGAAGCUGGACAGUCAGACUGGAUUUCUCACCAUUGCAAACAUCAGAGUUACAGACUCUGGACUUUAUGAACUAAAGAUCUUCAGUGACAGAGGAAAUUCAGACAAGAGAUUUAAUGUUACUGUCUAUGGUGUGUUUGGUGUUGAUGGAGAUGAAGUGAAGUCAGUGUCAGUGAUGGAGGGAGAUUCUGUUACUUUAAACACUGAUAUUACUGAACUACAGACACGUGAUCAGAUAGUGUGGAUGUUUGGACCUCGAGAGACUCGUAUAGCUGAAAUCUAUAAGAAAAGCAUUGAUAUGUAUGACAGUGUUGAGAUAUUUAGAAACAGACUGAAGCUGGACAGUCAGACUGGAUCUCUCAUCAUAACAAACAUCAGAACCACAAACGCUGGACUUUAUAAAUUACUGAUCAUCAGUAACAGAGGAACUUCAUACAAGAGAUUUUAUGUGGAUGUCAAAGGUGUGUUUGGUGUUGAUGGUGAUGAAGUGAAGUCAGUGUCAGUGAUGGAGGGAGAUUCUGUUACUCUACACACUGAUAUCAUUGAAAUACAGAGUCGUGAUCACAUACUGUGGAUGUUUGGACCUCAAGAGACUCGUUUAGCUGAAAUAUAUCAGGAAAGAAUUCAUAUGGAUGACAGUUGUGUUGGGAUGUACUACAUUACCCAUAAGGCAUUUGGGUGUAUGACGUAA